GGUGAAAUUCCCCGAGCUGUGUGAGCCUACGGGUGAUGUUAUGAACCCAGACACCAGGGCGUUAGAUGUUCCGACGUUUAUGGGAUGUCCACAACAAGUGGAUACCUCCAUGUUCAUUUAUAAACUGUACACACAGAAUUUACUCUAAACCCUCAUUUGCAUAUUUCGGAACACUGUGACGUCACAGACUGUGACUUCAUAGAACCCGUCAUAAAAGGCACAAUAGAACGCUCGGUGCCAGCUCCCAUAUAUAAACUCCAGCCUUCCAGCAGCAAACACUAUUUUUGUUAGAAAAGUCUUCAUCAGUCUUCAGGUGUAAUGGGGAAAGUAUUAGGAAAACACUUCUACGCUGAGGAGGACAUCGUCCCUGGAGGAAGGAAUAGAGAAGAAUCACAAGAUGGGGAAAGCCCACAGAGCAGGCACCUGGACCCCAACCCCCGUGAAGAUGAGUUGCCGUCCAGCUCCGUCCCUGGGCAAAAAAAGAGGAAAAGAAUAGAAGAUGGGGAAAGCGUACAGAGGGAGAAAAGCAGGAGACUGGACCUCAUCCUGGACCCCAUCCCCCGUGAAGAUGAGUUGCCGUCCAGCUCCGUCCCUGGGCAAAAAAAGAGGAAAAGAAUAGAAGAUGGGGAAAGCGUACAGAGGGAGAAAAACAGGAGACUGGACCCCAUCUCCUGUGAGGAUGAGUUGCCGUCGACCUCAGAGGACACUGAAAGCAGAAACCCACCCGAGGCGGCUCAGAGCGAGAGAAGCGCCGAUGAUGGACCGGUUCUAGACUCGUCAGCCAUGUUUAAGGCCAAGUACCGGCAGCAGAAGAAACUUGGCGAAGGAGGAUGUGGAUGCGUGUAUGCUGGCUAUCGUAGAGAGGAUAAUCUUCCUGUCGCUAUUAAGCAUAUUACCAUAGACGAAAAUCUCCUCCUUCACGAAGACACUGAUGGGCUCCAUAUCCCCAUGGAGGUCGCUGUGCUAAGGAAACUAGAGGCUGAAUCAGAGCGGCAUUCAGCACACGUUGACCUGCUGGACUGGUACAUUGUGGACGAGGAGCUGAUCCUGGUGCUGGAGAGACCGAUGCCGGCCGUAGACCUCUCCAACUACAUUGAAUCCAAAGGAGGCCACUUGAAAGAAAAGGAAGCUAAGGUUAUAAUUAAGCAGUUGGUGAGUGUAGCCAUUGACCUGCAGGAGAAACACAUUUUCCACCGGGACAUCAAGCCGGAAAAUCUCCUUAUUGAGACCUGCAUGAAGGCGCCGCGAGUUCGCGUCAUCGACUUCGGUCUGAGCUGCUUCGCCGAAGAAGACGACGCCUUUGACACCUUUUAUGGUACUCACAUCCCCCCAGAGUGGUCCAGUCGGGAGGAGUACAAAGCGGGACCCUCGACAGUAUACCAGAUCGGAAUGGUCCUGUUCUUCAUGCGACACAAGGCGGCAUCUACACCGGAGAUGACCUUUCAGGAGCUGAAUGAGACCAGUUGGCUUUCCAAAGAUGGCAAAGAUUUCUUUGAGGCGUCCUUAUGUGCGGACCCGGAUAUUCGUUUCACUCUGUACCAGCUGAAGCAUCACCCGUGGCUGAGAUAGCAUCACACACACAAACACACACACACGUCUUCAUUUAUUUAUUCCUCAUACGUCUGCCAAUCAAUUUUUACCCGCUGUCAUCGUAACACCAGCCGCGCAGAUCAGCUGGUCCACUCUAUUCAAUAAGCACAAGGAAACAAUGAUAUGGUUAGCCUAUCAUCUUGCUGCUGUCUUAUUUAAAUAUGACUGUCUCUCUACCGUCAGUUCAUUCAUGUUGCUUUUACGCACAAUU